ACGACUACUCUCUCUCUCACUAACUACCUUUCACUCACUACUCACUACACUCUACACACUACACCACACUUCACACUCGUACUCCGGCUCUUCGUCGUUCUUUCUCUUCUUUUCUUCCCUCACUCCACAAAGUACAUUCCCUCUAGCCCAGCGUAUGCUUGAUUAUCGUCCGAUUCGACUUUUACUCUUGCGUUUUUAGCCCGUCUCCACACACACACUCUCCCGUAACAACAUACCUACAUAACUACAGUCAACUCACAUAGCCCUCGCCACUAUUCGCCUUAUGUCGCUCGCUGCGUGGCUGUCAUAAUCCCUCCGCAUCCCUCCCAUCCCUCUCGUCCGAACGACUCCUAGACGGAGACCUUCGUCACUCAAUCCACCACCAUGUUGAUUUCGCGGGCUGUUGCAGCCAUUGCAGCCGCAACACUUGCAACCUUAGCCACCGCGACGUCCACUGCCCGAAACCCUCUCACCUCGAUCGGACUCGCAAAGAACCCCUCCAUACUCACUAAAAACCAUCGUGUCACCGCCGUAUCGACGUUCGAUGUUGCUUUCGAUUACGCCGGCAAGCGCGUCCGACUAAGCCUCGAACCAAACCACGACAUCUUCGUCCAAGGCGCAAAGAUAAAAUACCUCGGAGCCGAUGGCACAAUCACCAAGGAGGAACCCAUCGACAGGUCCGAACACAAGGUGUACAAAGGGUCAGCUUUUGUGAAGAGAGGGAAUCGCUGGGACAACGUGGGCUGGGCGCGUAUAUACAUCAAAAGAGAUGGUCUUCAGCCGCUGUUUGAGGGCGCCUUCACCGUCGACCACGAUCAUCACCAUGUACAAUUAUCAUCGUCAUACAAAAAGACCAGGUAUUCGCUGGAUCCGGAUAUUGAUCUCAGAGAUGACGAGUACAUGGUCGUUUUCCGCGACUCGGACAUCUCCGCCUCCCCCGAACACACCGAACUUCGCAAACGAGAUGGCUCUGCAGGAUGCGGCAGCGAUAAUCUCAACUUCAACAUGGACUCACAACACCCCAUUUACCAAAGCAUGAAACCACGCGACGAUGGCUGGUUCGCCAUGUCCAAGCGUCAAUUGGAUGGUACUCCUGGCGGCGGCAACGGAGCUGGUGUCAAUUUGGUAUCAACAAUCGGCAGCACCGCUGGCUGCCCAAGCACUCGCAAGGUCGCCCUCGUUGGCGUUGCUACCGACUGCACCUACACCAACGAGUUCAACUCGACCAAUGCUACGCGCGACAACGUGAUCCAACAGAUGAACACUGCUUCGAACCUUUUCGAAAGCACCUUCAACAUUUCCCUUGGAUUGGCCGACCUCGUCGUUACGGAUGGUAACUGCCCUACUUCAGUACAGCAAGCAACCCCCUGGAACCAAGCAUGCAGCAACAGCGUCAACAUCCAGGAUCGUUUGAAUCUUUUCUCGCAGUGGAGAGGUCAGCAGAGCGACUCCAACUCUCAUUGGACGCUCUUGACCACUUGCAACACUGCUUCCGCCGUUGGCCUGGCAUGGCUGGGACAGGCAUGUACGAAGGGCGCCAGCGCUAACGGCGCUGGCUCUUCCGGAGAAACAGUAGCGGGUGCCAAUGUUGUAGUACGAACUCCAACAGAAUGGCAGGUCAUAGCCCACGAAACGGGUCACACCUUUGGUGCCGUCCACGAUUGCACUGCGGACGCCUGUCGAGACUCGAACACGGUCAACUCCCAACAGUGUUGCCCGCUCAGCUCUAGCACCUGCGAUGCAGGUCAGCGAUUCAUCAUGAAUCCAUCCACAGCCGAGGGUAUCGAGAAGUUCUCUCCCUGCUCUAUUGGAAAUAUCUGCUCUGCCCUCGGCCGAAACAGUGUUAAGUCAGAGUGCCUCAGCAACAACAGAGGCGUCACCACCAUCUCUGGCCAAAGGUGUGGUAAUGGUAUCGUUGAAGGCGACGAGGAAUGUGAUUGCGGUGGCACCGAAGGUUGUGGCAACAACCAAUGCUGCGAUCCCCAAACAUGCAAAUUCAAGAGCAACGCCGUCUGUGACGACUCGAACGAGGAUUGCUGCCGCAACUGCCAGCUUGCAUCCUCCAACACCGUCUGCCGAGCCAGUACAGGAUCCUGCGACCCCGAGGAGAAGUGUUCAGGCAGCUCGCCUUACUGCCCAGAUGACAAGACUGAAAAGGAUGGUACGGACUGUGGCAAUAACCUCCAAUGCGCCAGUGGACAGUGCACAUCACGAGACCAACAGUGCAAGACUGUCAUGGGUAGCUACACUCAGAACAACGACACUUAUGCCUGCGACAACCGCAACUGCAUGCUUAGUUGUGCUAGUCCAGAGUUCGGCAGGGGCAAUUGCUAUGGCCUCAAUCAGAACUUCCUCGAUGGUACUCCUUGCAGCGGUGGAGGAAGAUGCCAGAACGGUCAAUGCUCGAACAGCAAUGUUGGAUCCGAGAUUAGCGAAUGGUUCAAGAAGGGCAAUAACCAAACCAUUGUCAUCGCUGUCGCUUCCGGUGUUGGUGGUCUUCUCGCUCUAUGCAUUCUUGGAUGCUGCUGGCGAAGCUACAAGCGACGCAACAGGCAGAAGAAAUAUGCUGCGGCUGCUGCUGCUUCGGCAGCGCCAUAUGGCUAUGGUGGUGGUAACAACCGCUCCCGAAGUCACCGAGGGAAUGGACCACCAGGACCAGUCCCUCCACAACCGCAGAUGGGCCAGCAUUGGCAGCCUAGCAAUGUUCCGCAACCGCCGCCGCCGAUGUUCCAACGAAGCUCCAGCGUCCGAUACGCAUAAGCCGCCUUUAUUUCUUGUUUAAUCCUUUUUUUUU